AUGAUUGUCAUCUCGGCCCCAUCAAACGCAACAUUCAAGUUCGAGUUGAUCGAUUACCGCGCCCGGGCAUCUUUUGCGAAAAUGAAACUCUCAGCGCCCUCAUCACCAACCUGGUAUGGGAAGACCGACCACGAGAACUCGAACUCUUUGGACGUGGAACCCGGAUAUCUCAAGAAGCUCGAAGCGAUGGAGCAAGAUGCGCCCAGCGACCCUUAUGGCUCCAUUCCCAUUGGAGACCUGAUGCGACAGACAUGCGGCGACUCACUGCUGCGUACAUGCAUCGUUAGCAUGUCGCUGUAUACACCUCUCAUCAAGAACGGCUCCGAAGCCGAGUCCGGUCCAGCCAAGGCCAUCGUUGCUUCUAUCGCAGACACUGCAGCUCACUACGCCUGGGGCCGCAUCGUCGAUGCUCUCAACAAGAGGGGUAACAAGAUGACAGUUGAACAGCUUUCUCGUCGAAUCCACGAAUGUCCCGAUCCAACAGGUCCUGUGCCGGUGCUGCAAAGCUAUGGUCUUCCGCGCGCCAGGGUGCUGCUUGGACACGACUGCUACCUUCAAGAUAUCGAACACGCUUGCGCCGACUCUGGUCUCUGCACGUCCGUCUACGGAUACAUAGCCGACACAACCAGCGAACCCGGGCCCCAGACCUUCACCAUCGAAAACAUCACGGUCGAGUCGUACUUUGAUCUCGACGAUAACAACGAUCUGGACAAGACAUACGCAGCCGCAGGCAACAUCGAACACUUCAAGCUCAAGGAUUGGACUCUGCAGUAUCGCCGGGAGAUUAGAACUCGCAUGGAGAUUUUGAUCAGAGGACACAACGAAAAGAUUGCGGCAUGGCUUGGGAAGAAGCUCCAGCUUCGUCUUAAGCAAGGAGAGGGCGUGGAGGAUUUGGUUCCGGGAGAGGACUUUGGUCAGUACUUUAUCGAUGUCGACAUGGAUCUCGACAAGUUUCUUAUGGGAGCGAUGGAUCAAACUCGGGAGUUUUUCACGGCACACAUGGGUAGUGGAUUCAGCCUAUGA